AUGCGCAUUUUACGUAAAUAUGACGUUUUCAAAGCAAGGUCCUCACCGAUGAGCUUUCGACCUGGAAUGGGUGUAAGAAAUAUUCCAUCGCAGCGGCAGUUUCUGUCAAUGAAGCCAGAUGUCGAAACGGUUACGGACUCAAUUGAAGACCCUAAUAAUCAAGAAGGGCUCGAAAAAUUGAAAAGCACGAGAGGCAAGAAAUUGAAACCUUCAAAAAGCCCUAUUGUAGUUUUAAAUCCCAGGGAAGCGGGACUAUUUCGCAAGCGGAAAGUUUCCGGUCAUUUUAGAUCUCAUGGAAGGGUGCGAGAGAAGUUGAGCGCUUUGGAUGGUGUCUAUUUGGAGAGAAACAAAACUGGCGCUGGUUUUUCGUCCAGCGAUCUCCUGAAAGAAAUUGAAUCACAGCGGCGAAAACUAUUAGUUUUUAAAAGCCCUGUAGCCAGAGAGCAAGUUAUCAAGUCGAUUCACGAUCUUCAGCCUCCAGACGAUAAAAAAAUGAUGUCUCAAAAAAGAUACGAGCAGUUGUUUGGGAUUUUGAAAAGUGCCUACACUUUGCCCCAAUUGAAGGAUUUUGCCAGGUGCUUCUUCAAUACCCCAGCCAACUCAACCAUUCCUAAAAAAUUGUUAAUUCCAAGAAUUCUUAAUGACUUCUGGGGCUGCACGGUAAGUGAAAGAAUAAGUGAGAACGAUGAUUUGAUUGUCGAACGUGUCAUCGACGUCGAAACGCGGGACAUGUAUUUACUUCUAUUGACGAACAACGGUAAAAUCAUGCAAAAUUUCGCAAGACUGGGCGCAACUGUCGCUGUGGCUCUCAACGAAAAUAAAAUCAUAGUCAGAGGAUCUGGUUCUUUGGUAAAAUAUGUGGAGGUAUCCAUUCGAAAGAUCUUAGCCAAUGUUCAGAGAGAAAUCCUUCCCAUGAACGAUAUAAUUUCCAACCACACGCCAAGAAAUGAAUCGCUCAAAAUUAGCGUCAGCAAAAUUUUGGAGCUCAUUCAAAAAGAGUGCGCAGUCUUUUUCGAAAGACUAUUGGAGGACGACUCCAAUAGCUAUCUUGCAACCGCUUUUGGGGCUCGUCGCGUUGAAAAGGCCAGGAAACUUAUUUUACGUGCGCUCGACUAUUCACCUCAGAAAAGUAACUACACGAAACUAGUUACAGCCGAGAAUCGCAAAGAAUACAAACUCUACCCCUUCGCAGACUAUCAAUGUCUUGAUUGGUUAAAUAAGAACGAGAAUUGGUUCAGGCUGCAAAAGCCUGUCUUCAAAGGUGCAGAGCUGGAGAAGACAUUUCCAGGGCCGUCUCUGCUUAACGAGGAUAUCAUAAAGGAGACCUAUGAUCAUCUGUUCGACAAAAUUGAUUCUAAAAUAUUACUCGCUGAAAAGCCAGAAAGCAGAAUUCUAAGCGCUACUUUGGGCCAGCUCUUGAAGACAGAAGACGGAGAGCAUACCAUAUUCCAGCCUAGAGUUCCUCAAAUUAUACCCAAACUCAAAAGAUUAGCUUUGUGGGAUGAAUAUGAAAUUGAGAGCGGUGAAAUAGGCUCGGAUUACCACGAAUAUUACGUUCAAUUGCGUUUUAUUCCCAACCUUUCGAGUUGUCCUAAUCUGGACUACGUUCCACCAAUUGAGCUCUGGUUCGAUCUCGAUGAAUCCGACAGGGCAGUUGGCACAAGCCUCCGUUGUAUCUUGCACACUGAGGAUAGAAAUGUUCAUUUGCAGACUCCCGAUUUAAUGUACGAUUGGCAGCUCAAUGUCGACAGCUCUCAAGAAAUCGUAGAGCCCUACGAGAAUAAUCCAGAGACGUGGCUGAAGGAUCAGCCAGGUUUGAAAGAGUUCCUGCUCAAUGCGGAUCUCACUUUUGGUGCUCAAAGAAAGCCUUUCGUUCCGAAUUCGCUGUCUUUAGAUUUAAAAUUUUGUCAGGAAGGGAAACAACGUCUAGUAAACUUCGAUUAUGUGGAUAUCAAAUACCGUCGUGUACUGAAGUUGAAAUAUAUGGACAAAUAUCUGGUCCAGCUCUCGGAUGUCAGAGGUGAAUCAGAAGGAGCAAAAUACACUCAGGUCGAUAUCGUUGGUACCGGCGUACAGGAGAUCGACAAAUUUGAAAAUUUCAUUCGAGAUGUGAUUGAAAUUCAUUGA